AUGGUUUCAGUAAAGUACGUGCGCCGACGGAGGACCGCUGAGACCUUCCGUCGAGUCAGCAGCAGAGUAGCCUCAAGGCGACCAACAGCGACAAAGACCUCAAGGCGGCCGGAAGUAUCAAAGCAUUCCAAGCCCAACAUCCAGAAAAAGACGACAUCCAAAGCCGACACCAGCAUCAGUAACCCGGAGACGGCAAGGGUACCAAAGUCACAAGGUUCGGAAACCCGCAUUUCUUAUCUCUAUCUUUACCUUCUCCAGCUUCCUCUUGAUGCAACAGCUCACCAUGGGGUAGACUAUCUCAAUUCCGACGAACUGAUCGGAUGGAGAUACUGUUCAUCGACCAAAGAUGUUGAAAUACUUACUCGCCGCCCUGACGAUGGUUCCAAACGACUCGUCCCGGAGAGGCUCAUCCAGCAAAAAUGCCCCUCCCAAUUGUACGCUUAUUGGAAGUCCUUCCCACAGCCACGUGAAGAAAUAAUCCAGACCAACCAAUACCACGUUUUCGAUAUCAUUGACGAGAACUCUUCACGCGGGCUUAAAGUCCAAUGGGUUGGGUACUCGCCGUCCGACAGCGAUACGACGUGGGAACCCGCCUCAAAGAUUCGCAAGAUUGCUCCCGAGUUGUUCGACAACUAUGUCAUCCGAAAGAAAGUCAGCAAAGGGCACUCGCACAUUCGUAGGUCUGUGGAGACUUUAAAGUCGGAUAUUACACAAUGA